AUGGCUAAGUCCAUCAUGUCCGAUGAGGGCGCCGAUGCCUUCAUCUUCAUCACCGCCAUCAUCGGCGUGAUCUUCGCUUGGUUCCAGUACAAGCUCGUCGCCAAGGUCUCCCUGACCGGAGGCAGCAACACCCUCUCCAACUCCGGCCUGGACACUUCCAAGCUGAUCGUCAUCUACGAUGCCAUCAGGGACGGAGCUGACUCUUUCCUCCGCGCCGAGUACACCAUCUGCGCGUACUUCAUCGCCGCGUUCGGCAUCGUCGUGCUCCUGAUGACCUCCUACGUCGAGAAGGAGUUCCACAUCGAUCAGGGCGGCCUCACCGCAAUUUCCUUCGUGGCGGGCGGCAUCACCUCCAUCAUCUCUGGUCUCAUCGGCAUGAAGGUCGCCGUCUUCGCCAACGCGCGCACUACCGUCAUGGCCGCGGGCCCCAACCCCUGGACCGACGCCUUCAACACCGCCUUCCGCGCCGGAUCCGUCAUGGGCUUCUCCCUCUGUGGCCUCUCCAUGCUCGUGCUCUACGUCCUUGCUCACCUCUUCGCCGUCCACUUCAAGGACUGGGACGACGCCCUCCACCUCAUGGAAGCCCUCGCCGGCUACGGUCUCGGCGGCUCCUCCAUCGCGCUUUUCGGCCGCGUCGGCGGCGGCAUCUACACCAAGGCUGCCGACGUCGGCGCCGACCUCGCCGGUAAGGUUGUCAGCGGCAUCCCCGAGGACGACCCGAGGAACCCCGCCACAAUCGCCGACAACGUCGGUGACAACGUCGGUGACGUCGCCGGUAUGGGCUCCGAUCUCUUCGGCUCCUUCGCCGAGGCCACCUGUGCCGCGCUUGUCGUCGCCGCUCAGUCUGGCUCCCUCAUUGCUCAGGGUGGCUGGGCCGGCCUCAUGUUCCCUGUCGCCAUCUCCGGCGGUGGUAUCCUGGUGUGCUUGGUCUGCUCCUUCAUCGCCACCCACAUCCAGCCCGUGAAGAAGGAGGUUGACAUCGAGAAGGUGCUCAAGGUUCAGCUCGGCGCCACCACCAUCCUCCUCACCGCGGUUGUCUACAUCCUUGCCUACAUCUUCCUCCCCUCCAAGUUCCAGAUCGAGGCUGUCUCCGGAACCGUCAUCAACUUCACCCCCGUCAAGGCUUGGGGCUGCACCAUCGCGGGUCUCUGGUCUGGCUGCAUGAUCGGCUUCAUCACCGAGUACUACACCUCCCAUUCCUACAAGCCCGUCCGCGAGGUUGCGCAGGCGUGCGAGACGGGCGCGGCGACCAACAUCAUCUACGGCCUCGCGCUUGGAUACAAGUCGGCCAUCCUCCCCGUCACCCUCCUCUCCGUCGUGGUCUACCUCUCCUUCUACCUCGGUGACAUGUACGGCGUCGCCCUCGCCGCGCUCGGCAUGCUUUCCAACCUCUCCACCUGCCUCGCCAUCGACGUCUACGGCCCCAUCUGCGACAACGCCGGCGGCAUUGCCGAGAUGGCCGAGAUGCCCGAGACUGUCCGCGAGAAGACCGACGCCCUCGACGCCGCGGGUAACACCACCGCCGCCAUCGGCAAGGGCUUCGCCAUCGGCUCCGCCUGCCUCGUCGGCCUCGCCCUCUUCGGCGCCUUUGUCACCCGCGCGGGUCUCAACCUCGCGUCUGUCUCCCUCGUGUCGCCCCUCAUCUUUGCGUCCCUCAUCUUCGGCGCGAUGAUCCCCUACUGGUUCUCCGCCAUGACGAUGAAGUCCGUCGGCCAGGCUGCGAACGAGAUGGUCAAGGAGGUCGCCAGGCAGUUCCGCGAGAUCCCGGGUCUCCUCGAGGGUACCCCCGGCCACGCGCCCCCCGACCACGCCAGGUGCAUCGCCAUCUCCACCGACGCGUCUCUCCGCGAGAUGAUUGCGCCCGCGGUGCUCGUCAUGUCCACCCCCCUCCUCUUCGGCAUCUUCCUCGGCGUCGACGCCGUCGCGGGUCUCCUCGCGGGUGCCAUCUCCUCCUCCAUCCAGAUGGCCAUCUCCGCGUCCAACACCGGUGGCGCGUGGGACAACGCCAAGAAGUACGUCGAGAAGGGUGCCGUCGUCAUCAACGGCGUGGUCCAGCGCAAGGGCUCCGAGCUGCACAAGGCUGCCGUCGUCGGUGACACCGUCGGCGACCCCCUCAAGGACACCUCCGGCCCCGCGCUUAACAUCGUCAUGAAGCUCAUGGCCAUCCUUUCUCUCGUCUUUGCCGACUUCUUCAGGUCCAUCAACAACGGAGCCGGUCUCUUCGACCUGCCCAGAAACUAAGGGUUUGUCUUGAGGUCCACUGUUUCCAUUCAGAUGUUUGAGAGCCUUCGGGCACAGUACUAAUAAAUUCAUACGUAAUACGAAUAACUGAUGAUCAACGA